AUGGACGCGCCCCCAGCCCCUCCUCCUCCACCCCCUUUACAGUCUACCUCGUCGCUUUUAUCAUCUAGCUGGAGGUCAUCAACCGAUAGUAACCGACAAGCACAUUCUACCGUAUCUGCGUCGCCCAAGCCCACCACUCCCCGGUUGGACGCUAAGACAUUACAGCACGCAGUCGCUGGCUUACGCAAGACCGAGUACGGUCGAUCGCUACAGGGUGACAUCGAGAAUUUAUCCAAUGGACGACUGGACGGAACGGAUCAACAAUUGUCUGGACGAUAUCGGUCGAACGGCUCGUUCGAUGUCCCGUUGGAAAGAAAUAAAGCCGGAACAGCGUUUUAUGCUUCGUCCAAUGAUACCCGUGACCCUAUGCCGGUCGGGAACGUUCAUCGACACUCCGAUUCGCUAAAUAACACACCAUAUACUGAACGGUCAUCAUUUCAACAACAAUCACAAACAAUGCCAUUUUCAUCUUAUCACAGUUAUCAGCAACAAUCACAAACUUAUCACAAAAAUCAGCAGCAGCCACAAAAUGCGCCAUUUUCAUCUUAUCAAAGUUAUCAUCAACAGUCACAAACUGCACCAUUCUCAUCUUAUCACAAUAAUCAGCAACGAUCACCAACUGCACCAUUUUCGUCUUAUCAAACUUAUCAUCAGCAAUCACAAACUGCGCCAUUCUCAUCUUAUCACAGCGAUCAACAACAACAAUAUUCUUCCACUCAAUAUCAAAGCAACAAUGGGACGAUACCUAACGAAAUACCUUAUAUUACUGAUCCAAAAUCAUAUAUCCGAGCAUAUGCAACACAAACACCUGCUUAUACAGUAAUGGAUUCACCGCCACGAGAUACAUUUUAUCAGACUGUUAACAGUGAUUAUCAACGAUAUCAGCCUAAUAGUAAUAUCAACAAAUCUUAUCAGUUUAUUAAGGAACUUCGAGAUCAAAGUUUAACAAAAACGCAACGUAUCGCAAAUCAAUUUCAACAAUCACAACUUCGUGAUUUACCAGCACCACAAAAUAUGGGAAAUAUUUAUGAACAAAGAGAACGCCUUGGCUGUGAUCAAAUUGAUUCAUUAAUUCGUGACAUGGAAUGGAAAUUAAAAACUGGAAUUCAAGGUAAGUAUUUCAUUUCGUUUUUUUUUUUAAAUUUUACUAAUUGA